AUGGCCUCUCUACUUGCAUGGACACGGAUCGUCUCUCGACUCAACUCCUCUGUCUCAAAGCCCCUUCACAACAUCGCCUGCGCAGCGACUAUCUCCCAAAGCUGCAGCCCAGCACAACGUACAUUGGCCACCCUCUCAAGGGCAAGUUUCCACAAGCAGGCCGUACUGUCACCUACUCACACCAUCCUCCGAGUAUCAUACCAACAGCGUCUCAACAGCACAAGUGCUGCCGCCGCCCCUGCUCCUGCCGCCGACACGACUACACCCUCCACAACUACACCCGAGCUCAAAAUCCAUAACCCUCAGUAUGACGAAGCAGGAAAGGAGUUGACUGUCAUCAUUACAGACAACGCUGUCAAGCAACUGAAGCGGAUUGCCAUCAAUGAAAAGAACCCCUUGCAGGCACUGAGGAUCACAGUCGACUCUGGCGGAUGUCACGGAUACCAGUACCUCUUGGACCUAACGGAUACUGUCAACGAGGAUGAUGUUGUAUUUGAGAAGGACGGAGCGCGCGUUGUUCUUGAUACGAUUACAUUACCCAUGGUGAGCGGGUCAAGAAUUGACUACAUUGAGGAGUUGAUCGGAUCAGCUUUCAAGGUUCUUGCCAACCCCCACGCAGCACACUCUUGCGGAUGUGAUACUUCAUUUGAGAUCAAGAUCUAA